AACGCACACACGCAAGCCAACUUCCUGUGUGACAUUAGUAGGUUUGCGUAUGCAGUAGGCUUAUUUUUCUCAACGUCAGACGGAAAGAUGCUUAGACUAUCUCGCUGUGUAUCAUAAUUUCUGAGUGUGGGCAUGAAGGAAGAUUCCCUCCACUAAGUUAAUUGUGGAUUUGCGGAAGAAGACGUGACGUAUUAGUAUCAUUUGUGCUAACAACAGUGACUCGCGCUGACAGCACGCUCCUCACGCGUGCGAUGUGAAACAUGGAGCAUCCAGCGUAUCAUGGUCCGAUAAGCAAACAGAGAUGCGAGGAGCUGCUCGGCAAGAAAGGACGGGACGGAACAUACCUUAUUCGGGAAAGCGAGACCAUUCAAGGAGCUCUCUGCCUCUGUGUGUACAAACAAAAAGUGGUCUAUACUUACAGGAUCCUCCAAACCCACACUGGAUACUUCACUCUACAGGCCAGCAUAGGUGUAGAGGAGAAGUUUUUCAAGACGUUGAAGGAUCUUAUUCACCAUUACAAGAAAAAGAAUCAAGGACUUGCAACACGCUUAUGCCGUUCACUGAAAAGAAAAACGGUGCAAGAUCAGCCUUUGCCACACGCAGCAGCGAUAGUGCCUAACGAGGAAAAUGACUAUGAAAAUGUGGAUUGCUCGGGGGACUAUGUUGUUGUUCUGCCGGACUGAUAUAGUCACAAUGUGAUGUUCUGACUGGAUACCUGGAUCAGACAAUAUGAACAAUAUAGAUGUGCUAUUAGUUUCCAAGACUUUCUGGGCAUUUUCCUAUCAAAUAUAGGAAAUGCAUGUGGAAUCACAUUACUCGAAUCAUAUUUUAGCAUAGUAGUUAUGUUUCUGUGCAUGGAAAAUGCAUAAAUUGGGGAUGUAAAUUUAAUGCUGUAAUGGUGUGAAUUUUAUGGAAGCCUGUUUCUGCUACAAAAUAAAACUUUUAUCUUACAAUUUGGAUGUUGUUUCCCACAACGAGAGAAAAGAAAGUCAGAAUUAUAAGAUAUAAACACAAAAUUGCAAGCUAUAAACUAGAUAUAAAGGAUUCCAAGUUUAUAUCUAACAUUUUUGAGUUUAUAUCUUGCAAUUCUGAGUUUAUAUAAUGCAAUUCUGAAAUGAGAACUGGUGGGGAAAAAGUCAUAACUGAGAGAUGUAAACUCAGAAUUUCAAGAAAAAAAGUUUAAAAAAAAGUUGCUAUAAAUUUUUUUUAUUUUGUAUUCUGUGGCAGAAAUUGGCCUUCAUAGGAUUUUUUGUAUAAUCAUUUCAUUACUAAUUAUGUUAUCAUAAUUAUUUGAGUGAAAUGUUGAAUUGAAAGAUUCAAAAUUAGUAUUUGGUAUUGCUUUAAUGACAAAUGAUUUAAUGUACAGAGGAUUUCACAUGGUCAAUGUCACAUGUUUGUUUUAGUGUCCUAGAAAUAGUCCAAAAUAUUAAGUAUUGUUUAUUUAUUUUACAGCAUUCUAAAUAUCCUAAAACUUGCUUUUAGAUUUUUAAUGUGGCCUCAGACUUAUAAAAUCAAUUAUUUGGCUGGAAUUGUAAUACUAAUCUGGAUCUGAGAGAAAUAUUAGGUUUAUAUUUUCUGCUCGAUGUUAACUCGGGGACAAGAAGAG